AUGGCACCGACCGCUGGGCCCCGCAUCGACACAACUGCGCCCACGUUGCUCGUUGAAAGUGUUCUCAAGACAGCCAAAAUGGCUCGCGAUGUCGAACGCCAGCGAACGAUUGUGCGAGAAAAUAAAGAGCUGUUGAAAAAAAUCAAUCAAAUCUUUCGAACUAAGGGGUUUAUGAACAUCGAUUACAAUUUUCGAGUGCAUCAGAGCUUAAACACAGAAGUUCGUGAGCGAAUAACACGAACAGUGGAGCGUCAAAAUCGAGAAAUUUGCAAACGGAUCAUGAGUCGGAAGGCCUCGGUGGACACUAAUCUGCGUGCGACUAAACGUAACAGAUCAAAAUUAGGACCCCGGAUCGGAGGUCAUCGGAUGGUGGUUAAUUUUUGGGAACGCUCCGAAAGAUGGCUGUGCCAGUUGGUGAUCGAAGUGUGCCCUGAGGUAACUUUAGCCGAGCUACCCCUUUCCGGUGGUCGGUUGAAAAUCUUUCGAAUCUAUGAAGGCACCUUCAUGGUGCUCCAUUCCAGCAUCAUCCAGCAGAGUACGGAGCGCAACAUUAAGCUCGGCACUCUUGGGAGCGUCCCAAAAGGAAGCGUCUUGAAGCAGGAACUGGACGGUAGAGAAUAUUGUCUCAUAACGCUUCGGCGUGUGGACAACGUUUCCGAUGCACAGCUGUUGGGACUGGUAGCUGCGGGGUCGAUGGACAAACUCGAGCUACUAAACCAGUACGGCUCGAAGUAUGGUCGUUUGCUGGAACCUAUCUAUUUCGAGGUUACUAGUGAAGUAGAUGAAACGUGUUUGUGA